UCAAAGCACACUACGUGUGCGCCUGUAGAAGUCAGUCUGUUCCGCUGAGGCGGACAAAGAAGAAUCAGGGGGACACAGGAUUGUUUUUAUACCCCCUUUUACUUUCUUUAUUUUUAUAUAUAUAUAUAUGUAUUUAUUUAUUAUUUAUUAUCCGUGGAUUAUCACUUACUCCUGGGAAUAGCAGAACCUUAUUAGUGGAAUUUAUUGAAAGAAAUGGUGGCUUACGAUGAACCUGGUUUGGUGCCUAUCAAACGGACUCUACAGAACAUAGACUACCAGAACCAAGCUUGUAAAGAACUUGAGGAACCCAGUACAAAGCGUGUGCGGCCGUUGGGCCGAGUCACCUCGCUGGCGAACCUCAUCUCCCCCGCGAAGAAUGGGGCCGUCCGGCGCUUCGGUCAGACCCUGCAGGCCUCGCUGCGGGGCGAGGGGCGCUCACCGGGCGUGCCCCAGCACAAGACCAGCAAGACAGCUGCACCCACGCCACCCAAACGACGGAACAGCACGCUGUGGUCCGAGACGUUGGACGUGCACCAGAAAGGAACCUUCUCGACAAAGGAAAUCAAGAGGCAAGAGGCAAUCUUUGAGCUGUCUCGUGGAGAACAGGACCUGAUCGAAGACCUUCAGCUUGCUCGCAAGGCGUACCACGACCCAAUGUUAAAGCUAUCGAUCAUGUCCGAAGAGGAGCUGACAGCCAUUUUUGGGGAUCUGGAUGCUUACAUCCCGCUCCAUGAAGAUCUUUUGGAACAGCUGGCCAAAGCUACAGGCCCUGACGGCACUGUCGGAGAGAUCGGCCAAAUUGUAGUGGAUUGGCUACCAAGACUGAACGCGUACCGGGCAUACUGCAGCAACCAGCUAGCCGCCAAGGCUCUGCUAGACCAGAAAAAGCAAGACCCCAGAGUGCAGGACUUUCUGCAGCGCUGCCUCGAGUCGCCCUUCAGCAGGAAGCUGGACCUGUGGAGCUUCCUGGACAUCCCCCGGUCGAGGCUGGUCAAAUACCCACUGUUGCUGCGAGAGAUCUUGAGGCACACACCUGCCGACCAUCCAGACAGUGCCAACCUUGAAAAAGCUGUCGGCAUUAUUCAGGGAGUCUUGGCAGACAUCAACAUGAAGAAGGGCGAGUCCGAGUGCCAAUACUACAUCGAUAAGCUGGAGUACCUGGAUGACAGACAGAAAGAUCCACGCAUAGAGCAGUGCAAGAGUCUGCUCUGCCACGGCGAGCUGCGCAACAAAAGUGGCACAAAGCUGCACGUCUUCCUGUUUACCGAAGUCCUCGUCCUGACGCGUUCCGUGAUACGAAAUGAGCGCCAGUGUUUCCAGGUUUUCCGCCAGCCCAUCCCAGUGCAGGACCUUGUCCUGGAGGACCUACAGGAUGGAGACGUGCGCAUGGGUGGCUCAUUCAGAGGGGCCUUCAGCAACUCAGACAAAGCCAAGAAUAUCUUCCGCGUGCGCUUCCAGGACCAGUCACAAGGCCAGUCACACACAUUACAAGUGAACGACAUCUUCCACAAGCAGCAGUGGCUCAACUGUCUGCGCAGCGCCAUAUCCGUCUUCCAGAACGAUCCGUCCCUCGAAGUCAGCUCCAUCCGCCGCUCCUCCACAGCCUCCAGCGUCGUCCACAUGGAGGAGGCCGACGAGAACCAGCCGGAGCGCAGCGAGCCCCCCAGCCCCACUCCCUCUACCGCCUCCACGGCUUCAUCCUCCUCCUUCUCCUCCUCGUCAUCCUCCUCGUCAUCCACCUCUCCAAGGAAAACCAAAAAGGACAAGCGCAUGCUGUGUUCACUGGGCAAGCGAAAGGAGACCAUGGUGUAGAGAGUCAUUCUCUCACUCGACUGGACUCUUGUAUUUAAGUGUGUUAGAGCCAUGCACAUCAGCAGUGUUUGUGUUACUGUCCUUAAUGGCAGCUAUCUUACCCCUGGACACGCCUUUCCUAACCCCACAGGGGCAAAUCGAACCAGAGAGACGCAGUACUUAAAGGGCAGACUGCUUGGAUCUCGAGGCAUCGGCCUCCGAAGUGUUUUACGUGCUCUUACACACUUUCAAUCAGUGACUGCUGUGCUUGUGUGUAAGAAUGAGCAGCAGAUCACACAUCUAGCCCUGUUUACUGUUUGUUUGGUGGUGUAUUAUUGAUCGUUUGUAAUGAAAAAGGUUUUAUAUAUACAUAUAUAUAAAUAUCUUCUCAAUUGUUUACUGUAGCUCUUUGUUUAACGUGGAAACAGCACUGUAGCUUUCAGCUAAAAAUUCAAGAAAUGUUAAGUAAAAUAUAAAAACCAAUAAGGGAAGAUCCACAAUUGAAAUCCUGGAAUACAUUCCUAGCAAAUCUGCUGUUUCAUCAACCCGUUCUAUGGUUGCAUGUGAUUUGUAAGUCAAGCGCAAUAAUUGAAAUCCAACGUUGUUCUCUUUUUAAAAAAACCAAAAGAAAUCACAGUCAGCUUGUGAUGGAAAUUACACUGUCGAAAGAACCGAAUGUGCUAUUUUAUUUGACUUUAUUUUACUCAUGUAAAAUUGAAACUGAGCCAUGUUGGCUUUUUUUUUUUUUUUAAAGAAAAGAAAGCGAACUCCCAACAGGAAAUGGAUAUAUCUUUCAAUGUAGCAUCUUGCAUAGAGCUUUACUUGGAAAUCCCAUCUUGCGUAAGCAGGAUAUAACCUUGCAUGUAAAUGCUUGUUUAAGUGGAGGAGUGUAGUGACAGCAGUCACUGAUGAUUAGACUGGAAUUAGAAUGUUGUAUGAAGGAUUAUGAGAUGUUGACACAAGAAACUGAUGGAAAUAGAGAUUGUGAUGGUUAAGUAGACUGAAUUUGGUUUUAAGCACUGCACAUCAUCAGAGCAUUUGGUCCAAAUGUUUGUUUUAUUGCAGUGCCUUGAACAAAGCAUGUAUGUGGGAUUUAGAGCACGAUUUUAGAAGGUAAAGCAAGUGGAAUAUAAUAUGAGAUGAAAUUACUGAAGGUUAAAGAAUGUCAAAGAAACUUUGUAUCAGUUUGUAAAAAAAGAAAAAAAUGCCAAGAAUAUGUUGAUGUGUGAGGGAUGAAGUGGACGUGUAAAUCUGUCUGUAAAAACAGUUAUUGGAACAAUAAAGGUCUGUGUAAGAUAUGCAUCUGAAAA